AAAAAAACCAGAAUAUUAUCCAAAAUUUGUCUCGAUCUUUCCGUGUUUUUUUUUUCUUCAUUACCGUAGUUUUAGUGUGUACGAAGAAGAAGAAGAAAGAUUCGUCUGAAUCAUCCAACCACAAACCAAGAAGCUUAGAGGCAUUGAUGGAACAACCGAGUGACAAGACUUCUCAAGAACAAGCUCGUGAAUCUCUUAUCGAAAUCUCUUACACUUCACCUGAGGAGGAUUAUAUUAUAACGUCCUCAGAUGUGAAACCUGUCGUCAGUAGUACCACAACAAACGGAGCCACCACCAAAAGAAGUGCUGAUGAUGCUGACAAGCUUAGAGCUGAGCUGAUUUCGAUUUCUUAUGACGAGUCACCUUCACCUUCACCGGAUGUGGAUGUAGCUGUUUCGCCGACCUUCCCCAACGGUAUCUGUCGUGGAUAGGAGUAUAAAUGUACAGUUCUGAGUCUUACUUGUUAUGCAUAAGACUUCUUUUGUUUGGUCUAAAAGUAGACCAUUGUUAUAUGUUAACGUUUCUCCUAAACUAUAUGAUUGAAAAUCAAUGGAAGUUGUGUUUUUA